ACCAAACCUCACCAGCAGGUGGCAGCUUCUCUCCUCCGUCGCUAAAUCUUUUUCUCUCCUGUUUAUCAUUGACCCUAAAAGAAAAAAGGAAAAGGAGAAAGCAAAACAGAAAGAGAGAGAGAAGGCCCUGUCUGCGCCGGCUCUCAGUCCCCUGGGAUACCGCAUAUGUACUAUCCCCGGGAGAUCAGCCCACUGGAGGGAAAUGACCAGGACCUGCUGGCAGCUCACAGGGAUUAUGAUCUGAUUUACCUACAUUGUUCUCCUGCACCUCUCCAGUGCAAGCUAGAAAAAAACUUUCCUAUAUGCCACCAGUUGGAGCUGAGCGAUCGCACUGCUGCCCAUUUAUUUCCUGGCGGACCUUGCUCCUUCCCUGUAUUACUCUCUGCUGCUUAAUUUCCUUAUUUUCUUCUAUUCUCCCCCCUCCCCUUCCUUCUCAGCGUCUUAAUCUGAGAUUUUCUAUUUCCCUCUGCUCCUCAUCGUCACACUUAUUACUGCCUACAGCACCGUAACAGUAAACCCAUUGCCGCCUGGCACCGCUGGCUGGCAAAGAGAAUGGAGUUCUCAGAGAGGAGAAGGAGCAGGAAAUCCCAGAGCUACAAGCUGGUGAAUGAAGAUUAUCAGACUGAUAUCUUUAAGGCCCCAGAAUAUAAUGACAUCAAUGGAGAAUCCAUGGACUCUCAGCAUUUUUCAGGAGAUGAAGGCAUGGAGAUUAAGAAGCAGAUCACUGGCAUGAGGAGACUACUGAAUGACAGCACUGGACGAGUUUACCAGCGUGUUGGCAAAGAAGGGGAGAAACUAAAGGAAGAAAUGCAUGACUUGGAUAUGAGUUGGACUGAAAGUACCCCUUGCCCCGCGGAAGAUCCCAUUCAUUCACCUCAUGCUCCGUGGAACAAUAUGCCAAUCCAAGCCACUGAGUUUUCAGGACAAUACGGAACCCGUUCUAAAACUGUGCAGAAUCAUCUUAAAACUCCUGGAUCUAAUGGUGAAUUGCGAUUGGUUAAUACUGUGCCAGAAUCGAAGUGCUGCACUUGUAACUGCCAGCCCACUCUGCAGGCAAUCCUUCAGGAGCUAAAGGCAAUGAGGAAGUUCAUGCAAGUACAGGCAGUUGCACAAAGCCGACAGCAGGUUCCCCAGUCAUGUGUUUGCUCCCAGAAAACUGUUCUUACAAGGAAAAGAAUAAUGAAGAAAAAGAUUCUUCCAAAAACUCUGAGUGUGACCCCGGUACACAGUGCACACAAUGCGAGUGCGAGGGAACACAAGCUACCGGCACUUCCAGAAAGGCCCUCCAGUCUGUCACAGACAGAGCACAUCAAGAAAGAGGAGGUUCAUGUGCCAGGAUUCGGGAUUGUUGUCAACUCCACAUCCUCCGAUCCAAAUGUGCAGUUGGCGGAAGGAUUUGAUGUCUUCAUGCCGAAAUCCCAGCUGGACUCCAUACUGUCAAAUUAUAAGAGGUCAGGAAGCCUGCUCUUUAGGAAACUGGUGUGUGCUUUUUUUGAUGAUAAAACUUUGGCAACAUCACUACCCAAUGGAAAGCGGAAGCGAGGGCUCAACGACAACCGGCAAGGAUUAGAUCAAAAUAUUGUAGGAGCAAUAAAAGUGUUCACAGAAAAGUAUUGCACUGCUAACAAUGUGGAAAAGGUUCCUGGGCCGAGACACUGGGUACAAAUUCUUCAGGAUCAAAUCAAACUCGCCAGGAGAAGAUUAAAAAGAGGCAGUGAUCUAGGAAAUGCUCUUCAAACCACUGAUGAUGACAUGUGGCUUCAUUCUAAGGCAGGCUUUAAGCUACAAGUAUGAAGAACAGCUGUCCAGAAGACACAGAACCAGAACUUUGUGUUGUCACCAUUGUGGCUAAAAUUCCUGUCACUUUCUGCAGAGUUUAUUUUGUAUUAUCAGGAAAUACAUAACUGAAGAACA